CGCGAGUUAAAUCUGUUAAAUUUUAGUUAAAUCAGACAAUGCAAAAUGCGGUUGGCAAACGACAACAACAUGUCGCCGCGAAUUGGUAACAAUAUUUUUUGGGGCCUAAUGGUACUCUCAUGCCUCCCAAGAAAUACGUGGGCCUUGUCGGACAAAAGACUCUGCGCCGAUCCAAAAUGUGAACAGAUUAUAUCGCUAGGAUCAACGAAGCUUAGCUAUGCGGCUGGAGGCGAGGGCUUAUUAUCGUUUAAGAUCAAUACGCCUGUGCGCAUAUUAUCGAAAAGUGCUGGCACUGAUCCACAGCUAUGGGGAGUGGAGAUCAACGGACGCCGAGGCUAUGCUAACAAAGAUUUUAUCAGGGAGCAAAAGAUUUACGUUAGCGAGAAAAUGCUGGAGUUUGAAGUUCCGGUGCUUGGAACAGCCAAGCCGCAGGAGCAGCAACCGGCGCCAACAACUACUGGGGAAACUCAGCAACCUGCAUCCAGUUCACCUUCAGAUGCACAACCUGGCCCAGCUCCUAACCAACAAGCAGAUCACACCUCUUUAGAAAAUGCUAUUGCAGCCGAAGCUUCGCCUUCCAAGGGAGCUGAGCAAACGCUCGACAAGCCAAAAGAGCCUCAAACUGUGCUAAAUGCCUCCGAAUCGGCUGACGACAUCGUAACGACCACCACAUCGCCGUUGAAUGUUAAACCUGACAUUAUAUUAACACAUCAAGAUAAUGAAACGACUAAAGAAGCUCCAGUGCCUUCGACUCCAAUAAAACCAAAUUUGCAACUUGUCGAUGGCACGGCGUUGCCCUUAGAGGCGGAACCUGCUACCACAGAUCAUGUUUCUAACGAACCGAAAGUACAGCCACCGGCAAUGAAAAACGAAAUAAAUAUCGAAAGCGACGAGAACGACGAUGAUGAUGAUUUCGAUUACGAGGAAGAUGACGACGAAGAGUUGGAUGGCAAAAUAUACGAAGAGUUAAACGAUAAAAUUAACAUCAAACAAGACAGCGUCAAAGAGGGCGAUAAGGUGGAAAAUGUAGCAAACGUGGAAGACAUUAAAAAAGCAGACAGCGAUGCUGUGCCAAAGAUAAGCAAACAAGAAGGUCUGAUAACAGAGCCCUUGAAAAAUACUCAAGUAGUUGAAGAAGAAAAACCGGAGUCCGACGCUCAGGCUGCACCCGUACAAAAAGAAGAAAAAGUACAGGAGACACACGGGGACAUCUUACUUGAAACAAGAACUGUAGAAGCAUCACCAGAAAUCCUCAAAGAGAAGGCCACUACAGAAGCCACAUUACCCAUGGGACUGACCAAAAGCCAGACUGCUGACCCACCUGCCGUUCUGCCAGUCCAACAGAAAGAUAAAGCGCAAGACGAAAUUCAGCCUCUAGUGGAACCAACUGAAGAUCAAACAGUUGAGCCAGUUAAACAAGCAGCUGAGAAAACAGAAGAUUCUGUGUUGGCCGCUAAUCACACCAAUGCUGCUGAGCCGACAGGCCAGCAACCAGCACCAGCUCUUUCCGAACAGGCCACAAGUUUGCCACCUCUUUUGAGCAAGCAGAACUAUAUGAAUCCGAAUGAUUACUACAGAAGUUUGCAGGAACAGCAGGUGGAAAAGAGACCGCUGUUGAAACAAGAGCAAGAACCACCAAAAUCUACUCAUAAGGAUUUGUCACAGCCAAAGCUUGAGGAAGAACAACAGCAUACCACGCCUUCUUACGAUAUGCCUUUUGAUUCUUUGCAUGACGCUGAAGUAACCCCAGCACCAAAGACUACUCAACAGUCAGCAGAAGGAACUACGCAGUCCCCUGAGCUGGUUCUAGAAACAGCAGAGGCGGCUCCACAAAUAUCAGAGGUGGCCCCACAAAUAUCAGAGGAGGCUCCACAAAUAUCAGAGGUGGCCCCACAAAUAUCAGAGGCGGCUCCACAAAGAAUCGAUGUGCCUCCCCAAAAAGCAGAGGUGCCAGAGCUGACUUCACACGCUGCAGCUGAAAUUACAAAGCCACCAGAGGUUGCUACAUUAGAUGCAUCCAGGCAAUCUGAACAGAUACCAGAGCCGGUUUCCAUCUCCCCAAAUCUGUCUUCAAAUGAGGAAGAAACUCAUGACGUAACGUUCAACCAUUCAGAGGCCAUUCCACAAUCUCUUGAUGUAGCUUCAAUCCCAGAUGAAGGCACUCUAGACACAGCAACAACUAAUUUACCAUCGCACGAGGCACAGGACAGCGCACCAGCGCAAACGGAAUUACCCACAGCUGCACCCGCAGAGCCAAUCGUUUUACCUUCAACCUCAACGCCUUCUUAUGACUCGGAGGUGCUUAAAGAUGAUGCUGGACCCGGCCUUUUUGCCACUAUAUUGGGCACUGUCAAUUCCUUCAUAUCAACUCAGGCAAAAGAACCUCAAACCGCCCCAUUGACUGGUAACGAUGAUUUGCACCGCAUUCUCUAUCCAGAUGGAGCAGCGCCUUCAGUGGCUGCUGCGGAGGGUCAUUGUAUGCGUCCCGGGGCUUUGGGAGGUCGUGGUUGUCAUGCCAGCAUAUCAUUAGACAAUUUCCCGGAGGUGCUGGCUGCCAAAGUUUUAGAUCAUAGCCAGUUGUUGCUGUGCGUGGUGAUUGCCGCUGCCUCCUCCCUCUUUUUUAUUUUCGCCUAUUAUUGCUUCUGCAAUAGCAGUCAAGAAGGAUCGUUGCUCUCGAAACUGAAUAUGCUGGAGCGCAGUUUGCUUGCGGCCCAUAAAGAGAAUCAAAUACUCAAACACGAUAUAAUGGCAACACGCACGAAAUUGUCGAGCAUUGAGGAUAACUCUUUUGGAUCGAAUGAUAUGGUAAUGGCGUUAAAGAAGCAGCUGGAAACCGAGAUAUAUGAAAAGUCCAAGUUGCAGGAGCAAGUGAACUCAUUGGAAAAGGACUUGGAUAAUGCCGCCGAGGCAGGCUUGGAGCUCAAUAAAAUGCUGUCUGAAGUUCUGAAUAGCCAGAAUGGUGAUGAGGCGUUCAUGAGCACUGUAGAUGAGCUGCAACGCCAGCUUAACGAUCAAGAGAAAAUUAUAAUUGACAUAAAUUCGAGUCUGGCGGAGAAGAGUCGCGAAAACAGCGAAUUGCAAUACUCAUUUACCGAGUCAUCAGCACGGCUGAGCAGUGAAAUGAAGCAACUGCAGCAAGACAACUAUGAAUUGGAACUAGAAAAGGCUAAACUGCUGACACGCAUUGAGGAAAUUGAAUCGUCGACCGAAAAGGAACUGGCCAAGGUACUAGAGGCCCGCAACUAUGAAAUGCAACGUCUUCAAAAUCAAAUUCUGGAACUUAAUUCGAAGUGGGAGAAGGAGCACAGUGAGCUACAGACAAGCCUGGCUAAAAUUGAGGCACUGGAGGACUGUCUAAAAACGGUGAAGAAGGACUCUAAGCUGAAUGUGCAGGAGCUAAUAACGUCGGCCAAGACCCGUGGAGAACUAAAUGCCGCACAGAAAAAGUUUGCCAGCUUGCAAUCACAGCUGGAACAGGAGGUGGCAGCCAAAGCCCGCUUGGAAAGUCAAUUAAAGCAGGCUAGUGCAGAUGUGGAGAAGCUAAAGCAGGAUUACAAUCAGUCUGAGAGUGAGAAGCUGGAAGCCCAAACACGCCUUGAAGUGCUCUCGGGCUAUUUCCGUGAAAAAGAAACACAACUUCAAAAAGAAUUAAGUCUGCAGGAAGCGAAAUGGCUGCAGCAUCAAGGAGAGAAUGCCAGCACUGUAGAGUCGCAAACUUUAAUGAAAACGGAAAUACAAACCCUCAAAUCUCAAAACGAUGAGCUGCGCGCGGAGAUCGAGGCACAGAUUGCCUCGCACAAGGCACAGAUGGGCACGUUAGAGAACCGUGCGCACGAGUCCUGGCUGGCAGCACGCCAGUCUGAGCGACGUUGCGAGGAGGCUUUGGCUGAGGCGGCGGGUCUUCGACGCAAGCUCACUGCCAUGGCCAGCGGCAGCAGCGUUGGGUUAGAUCCAAUGUGUAAUGGAGUCGUGGGGCCAGCGGAUGCACCACUGGGCGUUGAUAUGAAGAAUGCGCCUUCGCCAUUGCCUGGUUUACCAAGUUCUCCGUUGUUAAACAUGCCAAAUCCACUGCCAUUCCUAGCGGGGCCAUUCCCACCCUUCAUGGGUCUGCCGCCCCCCUUCCUGCCACCGACCGCUGGUGGUGCACGGCCCCCGCCGUUGGGUCGUAUGCGUUCGCCGCCGCCUACAUCGCGCGACGACUCGCGGUAUUCACCACAUCCUGGUGAUUACAGUGACUACGAUGACUAUGAUGACGACGAUGAUGAUCAUGUAUAUAGGCAUGAUCGCGACAUGGGACGUGAUAGACGGCACAGCGGCAGCUGGGGACGCCGCGAUUCCUAUCGCCACUCGCCCCCACGUACAUAUCGUUCGUUAUCACCCUCGGACAGUCGUUACAAUUACAACGACACGGAGACGGACUUCAGUCCACCUCCAAGUCCGCCUCCACCGCCACGGAACGGCGGCUCCCGUCCCAUGAGCGAAGUAUGAAAGCGGUCUAGUGUACUUUUCAGCCUGCAGGGUUAUUCAGAUCCUGCAACAUCAUGUGUAGUUGAUAAUAACAAUCACAACUCAAAACUAGUUCAAAUAUAUUUAUUAAUUAUAUCGGGAAAACAAGAGCGAAUGAAAACCACACACGAAUUUCAUCCGAGACAAAUUUUGGCUCAACGGGGAAUGACAUCAAAUUGAAAAAAAUAAUGCAAUAAAAAAAACAAAACCAAA